GAAGUAUCGAAUACUGUCGAAAAUCGCCGCCGCGAUCUAAUCGAGAGUGUACGCGUGCGACGCGACGAGAAACGUAAGGUGCUUAAAGAUCAGAUCGAAGCGAUCACGGACGAGAAAAAGAAACUGGCGAAGGAACUGGAAUCGUGCCAACUGGAUGUGCGGUCAAUGGCUCGUCAGCUGAAGACCAUGGACACUGGAUGGGAACGUCAGCUGACACAACCACGGGAGAACGCCUUUUUGAAGCUGAACACGAAUUCUAGCCAGCUCAUUUGUGAUGUUCAACGGUGUCUAGCGGACUUCGGAUCAUUAACAGCCUCAACAACAUUCCCAGGCGAAACAGUGGUGGAACUUUUGGAUUCGGCAUCAACCUACACUGAAGUGAAACUGAUUGUCAGGACAUUCGAUGUGGAUUGUCGGCCGAGAACAUCCGGCGGAGAUCCACUGGACGUGCGGCUUCGAUUUGACGACAGUUCGCUGCCAAUUUCUGUUAACGAUCUCAACGAUGGCACUUAUGAACUGUCCUUCAGGGUACAACAGUCGGGCGAUUAUGUGGUUGACGUGGACAUCUUCGGUCGUCCAAUAAAAAAUAGCCCAUUUCCCGUCUCGGUUUCGUCGCACCAUAUGCCUAAGUGA